CAGUCUGGAGGCUGACAGAGCUCAGACUCUGAACACAGACCAGGUUUACAUAGACCAGGUUCAGACUAGACUCAUGCAGGAUGCUGCUGCGACCUUUCUGGACCUUCCUCCGGGGACACUCAUCCCUCCUGAAUUCACCUUUCUUCCCUGUUGUCUUCUCCUUGUCCGUCUACCUGUCCUUCUGUCUGCCCUUCCUGCUGCUGGACUCGUUGUCCUCCAGGUGGGCCCUGGUGCGCAGGUACAAGCUGCAGUCUCAGAGCUCCGUGAGCUGGGCCUCGAUGCAGAGCUGCCUGGCCUUGACAUUCUACAAUCACCUGGUCUUCAUCUUCCCACUGACAGUGAUGCACUGGUACCUGAGGCCCGCCUACCUGCCUGAGGAGCCCCCGACCAUGCCAUGCCUGCUAGCUCAGGUGCUGGUUUGCCUGCUGCUCUUUGACUUCCAGAGCUUCACCUGGCACCUGCUCCACCACAAAGUGCCGUGGCUCUACCGCAACUUCCACAAGGUGCACCACACCUACACCUCCACCUCUGCCCUCACCACUGAAUACUCUGGGGUCUGGGAGACUCUCAGUCUGGGCCUCUUCGCUGCCGCCAACCCAAUCAUGCUGGGAUGCCACCCGCUCACCGAGCUCGCCUUUUUUGUGGUCAACAUCUGGCUGUCGGUGGAGGACCACUGCGGCUACGACCUGCCGUGGGCCACCCACCGCCUGGUGCCGCUGGGGCUGUACGGUGGUGCGCGCCACCAUGACCUCCACCACCUCAAGUCCAAGUACAACUACGCCCCCUACUUCACCCACUGGGACUGUCUCGCGGGGACACUGUGCACCCAGCAGGACUGAAGUAUGACAAAAGGUUUCUCAACAGAUGGAGUUAUGUUGAACUGAUGGAGGAAGUUUCUGAACGGAUGGAGUAAUGUUUUAAACGGAUGGAGAAGUUUCUGAACUGAUGGAGAAGUUUCUGAACUGAUGGAGUAAUGUUGAACUGAUAGAGGAAGUUUCUGAACAGAUGGAGUAAUGUUUUAAACUGAUGGAGAAGUUUUGAACUGAUGGAGAAGUUUCUGAACUGAUAGAGGAAGUUUCUGAACAGAUGGAGUAAUGUUUUAAACUGAUGGAGAAGUUUUGAAUUGAUGGAGAAGUUUCUGAACUGAUGAAGUAAUGUUGAACUGAUAAAGGAAGUUUCUGAACGGAUGGAGUAAUGUUUUAAACUGAUGGAGAAGUUUUGAAUUGAUGGAGAAGUUUCUGAACUGAUGAAGUAAUGUUUUAAACUGAUGGAGAAGUUUCUGAACGGAUGAAGUAAUGUUUUAAACUGAUGGAGAAGUUUUAAACUGAUGGAGAAGUUUUGAAUUGAUGGAGAAGUUUCUGAACUGAUGAAGUAAUGUUUUAAACUCAUGGAGAAGUUUUAAACUGAUGGAGAAGUUUUGAACUGAUGGAGAAGUUUCAAUCUUUAAAAUAACUGAUGAUCAGAUUACAUCACACAGGCCUCUGUCUGAAUUUAAUUUCAGAUUUUUUUACAGUAUAAUUUUCUUCACAUUAAAGAUCUUUACUGUUAACAUGUUAAAGAAUGUUCAUGUUGAACGGUGACAUGUUUAAUAAUAUUCCUCUCACUUCUUCAGUUCUAUGGAGGCUGGUUUUAUUAUAAAUUAUAUUUAUGACACAUUAUGUAUAUAUUAUAUGAACAUUUAUGAACAAAAGAUAAUUUGUUUGUCACAUGUGAUUUGUUCCUGUGAAUUACUGAAUACUUCAGUAACAACAUAUUUAACGUUCAACGAAUCAAAUUAAAGUCAAUAUUUUAAAUCAACAUGAUGUAACUUCUCUCUCUGUUAACCCCGUUGAGGCUACACUGACAUGAAUCAGGUGAAUGGUGUCUCUGUCAUUCGUAUGUCUUUUGGUGAACUCGUAUCUGCACUGUGCUCUGAUCAUCAUCACGUGAUAAAUGAGUUUAAAGUGAAAGAACAAGGUCUGGUCCAGCAGAACACCCCUCUCUUUUUUUCCAUGCAUGUUUCUGGAGUCCACAGGAAGUGGACAUAGCCUGCGGAAAUGGACAUGUCAUCUUGUCUCUUGGUUCCUCAUCAGACGAGAGACAAAGACCUGAUGCAGAGGCCGAAUGAAUCCUCGUCUCUGUUACUGCAGUACACCAUGUGCCCUGGACGAAGUCGUCAAUCACUACUACUGCUACUUGACCUGAUCUGAAAACAGAUUCACUGAUCUGAGGAAAGGGUGGGAGGUUUGAAGGGACCCCUUUAAAGGUCAGAGAAGAGUUAGAUCUGAUCUGAGUAUCGACUCAUCAGUUUAAUGAGAACUUGGUGAAUCGGAUCAAGACUUUUCCUGUUUAAUGUAACAAAGCACUGAGUCAUAAGGCUGUUCUCUCAGACUCAAGGACAAACAAAGGUGUUAUUGAUUCACUGUGAGAUUCACUCUCUGGUGAUGGUCCAGCGUAGAAACCUGCAGGAGCACAUACACAUGUAUACUUUCAUAAACAUGGAAAUUCUCGACUGCUUAUGUCUGUGUACUUGUUUUUGUCAGAAAUACUUGUUGGGACGUUUAUUUGUCGUUUGGUGACACAGAUCUUUGUUAGAGGACGUCAUGUUUUACAGAAAGUUAUAAAACUCCAUGAUCUGAUUUCUUUGAAUGACUUUAAAUCAGUUUGUGAAGAUGUGGAGGAUUGUUGUGUUGAUGUUUAAACUGAUGUUUGAUACUGAACUUUUAUUUUGUGGGUGUGCUUGAUUUUUAAUUCUGUCUGUUUUGUUUUGUGCCUUGUUCUCAGUCUGUGUUGCCGACUGUUUGACCAAGAAAUGGGACCUUUCCUAGUUAAAUAAACGUUAGAUAAAGGUUAGAUAAAGGUUAGAUAAAGACUUUAAUGAUUAAUGAAGUUUAAUAAGUGUUGACACAUGGUGAGUAUAUGAAGUUUUCGUCUUUUAUAAAGCGUCUGAGUCAUUUCUGGGAAUGUUUGACAUUUCCUGUAAUUUGACCCCAGUUCGACACAGAUAGUAACACGGAUGAAGUACAAUGCAGUGAAUCACUUAACUCCCAGCAGGCACUGCUUCAAAGAGUGAGUCAUCAUGGACUGAGCAGCAGUCAGUAACAAAACAAUGAACUGGACCAAAGUAAUAAACAGUAAUUACUGAGCAGAUAACGAGCUCACAGGAAGUCCACGUUCUUUGGGAAAGUUCUGUGUCAUAUGACAAGUUACCAACUUCUAAGUAAACCAGCACAUUACGAGAA